AUGGAAAAACUCAGAAUAUUAAAAGUCAGAACCUGCUAUGACAACUAUGGCGACUUUAUUUGUGAUGGAUUGAAUUAUCUCUCUAACGAGUUAAGAGUUCUUGAUUGGCGCAAUUGUCCUUUGCUCUCUUUGCCAUCUAAUUUUCAUGGAGAGAAACUCAUUCAUUUGUAUAUGGGAGGAAGCAAUAUUAGAGAUUUAGGCACGAGAUUGCAAUCUAAGAACUUAACAAAGAUAAAUCUCAAUGGCUGUCGAUACUUGACAAAUAUAUGUGAUCUUUCAAGUUGCUCAAAUCUAGAGAAGUUAUGUUUUUGUGAAUGUAAAAGUUUAGUUGAGGUUCAUGAUUCUGUUGGAUUUUUGGAUAAGCUUGUUAAAUUGAAUUUUGCUUAUUGUUCCAACCUAAAGAAGUUGCCAAGAAGCUUCAAGUUGAGAUGUCUAGAAUUUCUUGUACUUGACGGUUGUACUAGUCUUGAAUACUUUCCAGAAAUUGAGUGUGAAAUGGAACAUUUGGAAUGGGUCAAAUUAGAAAGCUGCGUAAUACAAGAGCUACCUUCAUCCAUUACAUACCUCACUAGGCUCAACAGCUUAUAUUUGGAACGGUGCGAAAGCCUUGUGCGUCUUCCAAUCAAAAUUUUUCAGUUGGAACGUCUAGUGGAUGUUACAAUCAUAUGUUGUCCAAACUUUGUAAAUUUUGUAGAGGAGGUGGGGCAUAAUCGACAAUCCACGCCAUAUACACAUGAAAAUCUAAUUUCAUCAAGUAUGGAAUUGCUCCCAUUGCAGCCUCCAGAAUCAAAUAAUUUAUCUCGGACAUAUAAUUUCUCAUCCAGCUUGAGGACUUUAAAUCUAUCUCGUAGUGGUAUUGUUAGCCUUCCUCCAUGCAUCGAAGGAUUUGUUGGAUUGUUAGAACUUGAUUUGAGAGACUGCAAGCAACUUGAAGAAAUUCUACGCCUUCCACCAAAUAUAAAAGAGGUAGAUGUUAGAGGAUGUUCCAGCCUAAAGAAUUUCUUACCAGAAUCAAAUAAUUUAUCUUGGACAUAUCAUUUCUCAUCCAAUUUGAAAACUUUAAAUCUAUCUAGUAGUGGUAUUGUUAGCCUUCCUCCAUGCAUCGAAGGAUUUGUUGGAUUGUUAGAACUUGAUUUGAGAGACUGUAAGCAACUUGAAGAAAUUCUACGCCUUCCACCAAAUAUAAAGAGUAUUGUUAGCCUUCCUCCAUGCAUCGAAGGAUUUGUUGGAUUGUUAGAACUUGAUUUGAGAGACUGCAAAAACCUUGAAGAAAUUCUAUGCCUUCCACCAAAUAUAAAAGAGGUAGAUGCCAGAAGAUGUUCUAGUCUAAAGAAUUUCUUACCAGAAUCAAAUAAUUUAUCUCGGACAUAUAAUUUCUCAUCCAGUUUAAAAACUUUAAAUCUAUCUGGUAGUGGUAUUAUUAGCCUUCCUCCAUGCAUCGAAGGAUUUGUUGGAUUGUCUGAACUUGAUUUGAGAGACUGCAAGCAACUUGAAGAAAUUCUACGCCUUCCACCAAAUAUAAAAGAGAAUUUAUCUCGGACAUAUAAUUUCUCAUCCAGUUUGAAAACUUUAAAUCUAUCUGGUAGUGGUAUUGUUAGCCUUCCUCCAUGCAUCGAAGGAUUUGUUAGAUUGUCUGAACUUGAUUUGAGAGACUGCAAGCAACUUGAAGAAAUACUAUGCCUUCCACCAAAUAUAGAAGAGGUAUAUGUCAGUGGAUGUUGGAGCCUAAAGAGUUUCUUACCAGAAUCAAAUAAUUUAUCUCGGACAUAUAAUUUCUCAUCCAGCUUGAGGACUUUAAAUCUAUCUGGUAGUGGUAUUAUUAGCCUUCCUCCAUGCAUCGAAGGAUUUGUUAGAUUGUCUGAACUUGAUUUGAGAGACUGCAAGCAACUUGAAGAAAUACUACGCCUUCCACCAAAUAUAGAAGAGGUAUAUGUCAGUGGAUGUUGGAGCCUAAAGAGUUUCUUACCAGAAUCAAAUAAUUUAUCUCGGACAUAUAAUUUCUCAUCCAGCUUGAGGACUUUAAAUCUAUCUGGUAGUGGUAUUAUUAGCCUUCCUCCAUGCAUCGAAGGAUUUGUUAGAUUGUCUGAACUUGAUUUGAGAGACUGCAAGCAACUUGAAGAAAUACUACGCCUUCCACCAAAUAUAGAAGAGGUAUAUGUCAGUGGAUGUUGGAGCCUAAAGAGUUUCUUACCAGAAUCAAAUAAUUUAUCUCGGACAUAUAAUUUCUCAUCCAGCUUGAGGACUUUAAAUCUAUCUGGUAGUGGUAUUGUUAGCCUUCCUCCAUGCAUCGAAGGAUUUGUUGGAUUGUUAGAACUUGAUUUGAGAGACUGCAAGCAAAUUGAAGAAAUUCUACGCCUUCCACCAAAUAUAAAAGAGGUAGAUGUUAGAGGAUGUUCCAGCCUAAAGAAUUUCUUACCGGAAUCAAAUAAUUUAUCUCGGACAUAUAAUUUCUCAUCCAGUUUGAAAACUUUAAAUCUAUCUGGUAGUGGUAUUGUUAGCCUUCCUCCAUGCAUCGAAGGAUUUGUUGGAUUGUUAGAACUUGAUUUGAGAGAUUGCAAGCAACUUGAAGAAAUUCUACGCCUUCCACCAAAUAUAAAAGAGGUAAAUGCCAGAAGAUGUUCCAGCCUAAAGAAUUUCUUACCAGAAUCAAAUAAUUUAUCUCGGACAUAUAAUUUCUCAUCCAAUUUGAGGACUUUAAAUCUAUCUGGUAGUGGUAUUGUUAGCCUUCCUCCAUGCAUCGAAAGAUUUGUUGGAUUGUCUGAACUUAAUUUGAGAUUCUGCAAGCAACUUAAAGAAAUUCUACACCUUCCACCAAAUAUAGAAGAGGUAGAUGCUAUAGGAUGCGUGUUAUUGGAACACUUUCCUCAGGUAUCGACAGAAUUUUCAUUUGGUACACCCGACUUAAAAUGGCUUAGAAGGAUUAACUUAUCGGAAUGCAAUAAAGUGGAAGUGGAUGUAGGGAAUCAUGCGCCAGAUCCAUUAUGGGUUCAGGAAUGCUUUCGAGAGAAAGAUUCAAGUAGGAUUAUAUAUCCAGGAAGUAGGAUUCCAGAGUGGUUCAAGUAUUACAAGGAGACUACUUCAUUUGGUAAUUAUUUUGAAAUAGAAAUUGAUCAUAAUGCGUCCAUGUGUUUUGGGCAUCAGAUUGUGGCAUUAGUUUUGUGUUUUGUUGUGGGACCUCUUCCAGCAUGGCCUUUGUAUGGUUUUACUAUCUCAAUAAAUGGCCAGUGGAUUGAAAAUGAUGAUACGCGGUUAUGGGAUUCAGUGGACCCACAUGAUCAUGUAUGUCUAAAAUACAUAGCUGGAAAUUCUAUUAAUGAGAUUCUAUCAAGAAGUUACAGGGAGGGGAACAAUAAUAUGAGGUUUACAUUUGAAAGUGAUUCAGAGAAAGCAAUUUUAAAAAGUGUCGGAGUCCAUCUAAUAUACGGGAAUGACAAUUUCAUUAAUCCUAUUCAACUUUCAAAGAGAUACUGA